AUGUUUUUCCCUGAAUAAGAGUAUAAGACAAGCACAAAAGUAUGAAACUCCAUUCUAUAGUAGAGUGAAGAUGAACUCAAGAAAUUGACAUUGGAAGAAGAUUUGAGUGAAUGUUAGAGAUCAUAUCAGAUAUUGACUAAGGGUUAAUAAUUGCAAAAGAAGGCAGUAAGAUAUAUUGUAUUAAAUUAGAUAUACUAAAACUUACAUAGAAUUUUGAAAGAACCAUAUGCAUUCGAGAUUCUUUUCAAAGUCAUUGUGUAUGAUAUAUUCUAUAUUGAAGAGAGGAAAUUUAACAACAAGAAGAGGAUAAUCAAAUAAUUGCAGCCAAGUCAUUUAAUAAAUUGAUAAAAGAGAAUAUACUUGAAGUAACGGAGUUACUAUAAAUAUAUGAUUUGACAACACAAAUUCUAAAAAUUUGGUCAUUACCUGUAUUGAAUGAAUGGAUUCAUACGAUGGAUGCAUUGCUUAGAGUUAUCAGUCUCAAUAUCAUCCUUAAUCCUGCGUAACAAUUAAUACUAUUGUUAACUGAUGCUUCAUAGCCAACAAUAUCUCGUUAAAGUGCUGCAAAGCUUAUAGGAACACUCGCAUAAGUAUUAUAUGUAAUUAAGAUAAGCUUUUAGGGAAUGAAAUUAAAGGACCAUUAUUAGACAGAGCUAGGAAUCUAUGUUCAGAUCAUGAUAAAGAGAUUAGAUUAAUUAUGGCUGAAGAUGUAAUAGUCAAAGUUUGUUCAUCUAUCUCAAGUGAUCUUAUUGAGUGCUAUUUACUUGAAAAGAUUAUGGAACUUUAUUAUGAUAUAGAUGUUGUAGUUAAGAGUUCAGGAAUGAGAUUAUUUUUUACUAUUGCCAAUUAAUUAUCUAUUGAUGAAAUCAAAAAUAGAUGUACCAAAUUAUUUAUUGAUCAAAUGCAAAGUUAAAGUGAAGAAAGUAAACUUGUCAUGUCUAAAAUGUGUGGAAGAGUAUAUAUGUUGGUAAUCAAUAUUAUAUAAAAAUAGGUUAAAGAUUAUCUAAAUCUCAAUUAAUUAUCUUUAUUUCUCAAUAUUUAUGUUUCAUAUGCAAAAAGCAAGAAUUUAGAUGUGAGAACCAAUUUUGUUUUUAACUUUCCAGCCAUUCUUUCAUUAAGUCUAAAAAAAUUUGAAUUUUUCUAGGAAUAAUACAUGCUUUGUUGCAAUGAUACUAAUGAAAUAAUUCAGAGAUAAAUCUUAAGUAGUUUUCAUGAAGUUGUACUAUUGUCUGAGAAUACAGAUAUUCUUGUUUAAGUUUUCAUUAACUUCAUGAAAUCAAAAUAAAUAACAAUCUUAUAAUUGUUAAUUGUAAGAUUAGAUUCAAUAGUUAAUUCUUUUUAGAAACAAGUAGUUUGUUAAUCUUAUGCGUAGUCAGUAACAACCACAAUUUGGUCAACCAGUCCUUGAAUUGUUGAAUAGUCUUACACUAAAGAAUCAAUGGGAUUUACAAAUAGAUUUAUUAAUGAGAUUUUGUGAAUGUUUACAAAUAUUUGCUGAUUCAGCCAUAUUUUUAAAUACUAUGAUUUCAACUAUAAGUAAAGGGAUUCCCAAAACUAAACAACUAUGCUGUUAGAAUAUUGCAAAGUACUUAAGUAAUUUAGGAGAUCUAAGGAAGAGAAAGGAUUGGAUUAUCUAAUUGUUUGAAGUCUACUUUAAGUCUGAUAGUUACUAUAAUAGAAUUACAUUUAUCGAUAUCGUUCAAGAAUUCACACAAUUCAUUUCUAGAAAACUAUUCAAACAAUAUCAGUUCUUUGAUAUACUUAUAUUUUCGAAAGAUCCUAUCAUAAAUGUAAGAAUGAGAUUGAUCAAAGUAUGUAUCAUAAGAAUAUUGAUUAGAUUCUACCAAUUCUGUAUAAAAAGAUUGACUCUGAAGAUGUGACUAUCUUAAAUAUGUUCAAUGAUUCUGUAUAAGAUUGUAUUUUGAAUUCAUCUCGUUCUUUUCAAUAUAUGAUUCAAUAAAUUAAGGAAGAAUUGCUUAAACCAAGUGAUGAGAUUGAGUUAAAUUAAAAAGAUCAAGAGAUGUUAGAAAAGGAGGAAUAAAUCUUCAAGAAUGAUUAAAAAUAACGAUAAUUACUUUUAGAUUAAGAGAGAGAUGAUUUAGAGAUCAAUAAAAUAGAUUUAAAUGAUUACUUAAAUAAAUACAAAAAGAAAUAUCCACUUACCAAAAUAAAGAUUACUAAUUCGACAAUGCAUAGUCAGACUAUGUUGCUUAAAAAACCAUAAUUAUAAAAUAAUAGCACUUAAGUAUUGUUGGUUAAGAAAUCAGUUGAUUUUGAUUCUAACAAGAGUCCACUCUUGGAUGCAAUUAAAAAACCUGUUCUUAAAUCCAAAACACCUACAACAAAGAGUAUUUGUGAUAUAAAGAAGCAAUUUAAACUUCCUAGUAUCAAAAAAUGA